GCGGCCCCGCGCCGCGGGGCGGAAGCGCCGGCGCCCACGUGGUUCCGGCCGGGAGCCGCCGCGGGUGCCCGUGCAGGUGCCCGUGCAGGUGCCCGUGCCCGGCCGGCGCAAUGGACCCGGUGCGGGCCCAGCAGCUGGCGGCCGAGCUGGAGGUGGACAUGAUGGCCGACAUGUACAACCGGAUGACCCACGCGUGCCACCGCAAGUGCGUGCCCCCCCACUACAAGGACGCCGAGCUGUCCAAGGGCGAGAGCGUGUGCCUGGACCGCUGCGUGGCCAAGUACCUCGACGUCCACGAGCGCAUGGGCAAGAAGCUGACGGAGCUGUCGCUGCAGGACGAGGAGCUCCUCAAGCGCAUGCAGCAGGGCGCCGGCACCGCCUGAGCCCCCCCCCCCCGCACCCCCCCCGCCAAUAAACCCGGGUGCUUCGUAGCCACCA